CCGGCGGUGCGGAGUGCCGAGGCGGAAGAUGGCGGGCGCCGCCGGGCCCAGCUGAGCAGCGCUCGCCGUCGCCGCCUCGCUCCGUGUCAGGCUCCUGCUGGGCCCGGGCAGCCGCCGCAGGGGCCGCGUCCGCCCGGCCGUGGGGCAAGCUUUGUUAUCUAGAAGCCCUUUAAAUAGUGUGUGAAGAUGGCGAGUCUGAUGAGUCAGAGUCUGUUGACCUACGUAGAAGAAGGAAAUGUUCCUGCUCUGAAAGCACUUCUUGAGAAAUGCAGGGAUGUUGAUGAGAGAAAUGAGAAUGGCCAGACUCCACUUAUGUUGGCUGCUGAGCAAGGCAAUUUAGAAAUUGUCCAGGAGCUUCUCAAGAAGGGAGCUAAUUGCAACUUGGAAGAUGCAGAUAACUGGACAGCUCUUAUUUCAGCAGCUAAAGAAGGACAUGCAGCUAUUGUAGCAGAGCUACUCAAUUAUAAUGUCAGUUUGGAGCAUCGGGAUUUGGGAGGAUGGACUGCCCUGAUGUGGGCAUCAUACAAAGGCCGUACUGAAGUGGCUAAACUGCUGCUUGAGAAAGGAGCAAAUCCAAACAUCACAGGCAUGCAAUACAGUGUUUAUCCAAUCAUUUGGGCAGCAGGACGUGGCCACUCAGAUAUAGUCCAUCUCUUACUGCAGCAUGGAGCUAAAGUGAACUGCUCUGACAAAUAUGGAACCACCCCACUGGUUUGGGCAGCAAGGAAGGGGCAUUUGGAGUGUGUGAAAUACCUGCUGCAGAUGGGAGCUGAUGUUGACCAAGAAGGAGCUAAUUCCAUGACUGCACUUAUUGUAGCAGUGAAGGGUGGCUAUACUGACUCAGUAAAAGAAAUACUGAAAAGGAACCCAAAUGUAAACCUAACAGAUAAAGACGGAAAUACAGCUUUGAUGAUUGCAUCAAAGGAGGGACAUACUGAAAUUGUGCAGGAUCUUCUUGAUGCUGGGACUUAUGUGAACAUUCCUGACAGAAGUGGAGAUACAGUGUUGAUUGGGGCUGUUAGAGGUGGUCAUGUUGAAAUUGUGAGGGCUCUGCUCCAUAAAUAUGCUGAUAUAGAUAUCAGAGGUCAGGAUAAUAAAACUGCUUUAUAUUGGGCAGUUGAGAAAGGAAAUGCUACAAUGGUGAGAGAUAUCUUGCAAUGCAACCCUGAUACUGAGACAUGUACCAAGGAUGGAGAAACACCACUUAUAAAGGCAACCAAGAUGAGAAAUAUUGAAAUAGUAGAGCUUCUUCUGGAUAAAGGAGCUAAGGUCUCUGCUGUAGACAAGAAAGGAGAUACUCCACUUCACAUUGCUAUUCGUGGAAGAAGCCGUAAACUUGCUGAAUUACUCUUAAGAAACCCAAAAGAUGGUCGAUUGCUUUAUAGACCCAACAAGGCAGGAGAAACCCCUUACAAUAUUGACUGUAGCCACCAGAAGAGUAUUUUAACACAGAUAUUUGGUGCCAGACACUUGUCUCCCACUGAAUCUGACGGUGACAUGCUGGGCUAUGAUCUGUACAGCAGUGCUUUGGCUGAUAUUCUGAGUGAACCAACCAUGCAGCCACCCAUCUGUGUGGGCUUGUAUGCACAGUGGGGAAGUGGAAAGUCUUUCCUGCUUAAGAAACUGGAAGAUGAAAUGAAGACUUUUGCAGGACAGCAGAUUGAACCUCUGUUUCAGUUCUCCUGGCUUGUUGUAUUCCUCACACUCUUGCUGUGUGGGGGUUUGGGUUUACUGCUUGCUUUCACUGUGGACGCAAAGCUUGGAAUAGCAGUGUCACUCAGCUUAUUAGCUGUUCUCUACAUUUUCUUUACUGUAAUUUACUUUGGUGGCCGGAGAGAAGGGGAGAGAUGGAACUGGGCCUGGGUGUUAAGUACAAGAUUGGCAAGACAUGUUGGAUAUUUAGAGUUGCUUCUCAAACUCAUGUUUGUGAACCCACCAGAGCUACCAGAGCAAACCACUAAAGCUUUACCUGUCAGAUUUUUGUUUACAGACUACAACAGACUGUCCAGUGUAGGUGGAGAGACUUCACUGGCUGAGAUGAUUGCUACCCUCUCUGAUGCAUGUGAAAGGGAAUUUGGUUUCCUAGCAACAAGGCUAUUUCGAGUUUUCAAGACAGAAGAUACACAAGGUAAAAAGAAAUGGAAGAAAACUUGCUGCCUCCCAUCCUUUGUGAUUUUCCUGUUCAUCUUGUCUUGCGUUGUUUCUGCCAUCGCCCUGUUGGCGAUUUUUAAUGUGGAGUCAGCCAACAUGACAGUGAACGUUAUUCUCAUAACCGUGACCUGUAUUGUUGGUUUGGCCUUUUUCUUGAAUUGCCGCACGUGGUGGCAGGUGAUGGACUCAGUUUUGAAUUCUCAGAGAAAACGUCUCCACAGUGCUGCCUCCAAGCUUCACAAGCUGAAAAGCGAGGGCUUCAUGAAGGACACUUACCGAAGGCGCCAGAUGCAGAGGACCAUUACCCGCCAAAUGUCAUUUGAUUUGACCAAGCUGUUGGUUACAGAGGAUUGGUUCAGUGAUAUCAGCCCUCAGACCAUGAGGAGGUUGCUAAAUAUUGUUUCAGUGACUGGUCGUUUAUUGAGAGCCAAUCAAAUCACAUUCAAUUGGGACAGACUGGCAAGCUGGAUCAAUCUCACAGAGCAGUGGCCAUAUAGAACAUCAUGGCUCAUCCUGCAUCUUGAAGAGACUGAAGGUGUUCCAGAUCACCUGACUUUAAAAACCAUCUAUGAGAGAAUUUCAAAGAAUAUUCCCACAACUAAAGAUGUUGAACCUCUACUUGAAAUUGAUGCAGAUAUACGGAACUUUGAAGUAUUUUUAUCGUCACGAACGCCUGUCCUUGUUGCACGUGAUGUAAGAACCUUUUUGCCUUGUACAGUGAACUUGGAUCCCAAGCUACGAGAAAUCAUUGCAGAUGUUCGUGCUGCAAGAGAUCAGAUGAAUAUUGGAGGACUUCCUUAUCCCACCUUGCCUUUACAUGAGGCCCCUGCUAGAGCAACAUCUCUGUUCAGCCAGCCUUCCUCAGCUUGCUCUUCUACCACCUCUUUCAAUGGGCCUUUCAACAGCGCAGUUCUGUCCCCCCAGCCUCACAGCAGUUACUAUAGUGGUAUGACAGGACCUCAGCAUCCCUUUUACAAUCGGCCAUUCUUUGCCCCAUAUCUUUACAUGCCAAGGUAUUACCCUGGCAGUUCUCAUCUCAUCUCACGUCCACCACUAAAAACGAGUUUGUCCAGAGAUCAGAACAAUGGCCUAGAUGUUAUCAAGGAGGAUGCUGAUGAGGGGCUUCCUUCACCCACAGACCCCUCAAUGGGAGCAGGCACAGGGUCAGCCACAGGAGGAUCCCAAGUACCUCUGAGCACAAUGAGUGUGGAAGCUGUGUGUGAGAAGCUAAAGCAGAUAGAUGGUCUGGACCAGAGCAUGCUACCUCAGUACUCUGCAACUAUAAAGAAGGCAAAUAUAAAUGGCCGUGUCUUGGCUCAGUGCAACAUUGAUGAACUGAAAAAAGAAAUGAAUAUGAAUUUUGGUGACUGGCACCUGUUCAGGAGCAUGAUACUUGAAAUGAGAAAUGCAGAAAAUCAGGCUGUUCAGGAGGAUGCUCGCGGGGCAGCGGAGCACGGGCCAGCUGCCAUUCCUCACAGUGACCUUGCUCGCCGUCCCGGCCACGGCACCGAGCUGCCUCACACUGAGCUGACAGGUCUGGCUGGUCAAGCUCCCUACACACUGAACUUCAGCUUUGAAGAACUCAACACAAUUGGUCUUGAUGAAGCUCCUCCACGCCACAGUAACUUAAGUUGGCAGUCACAAACUCGUAGAACUCCAAGUCUUUCAAGUCUUAACUCUCAAGAUUCUAGUAUUGAAAUAUCAAAGCUUACAGACAAGGUGCAGGCAGAGUACAGAGACGCAUAUAGAGAAUAUAUUGCUCAAAUGUCACAGUUAGAAGGAGGUGCCAAUUCUACCACAGUAAGUGGGAGGUCCUCCCCUCAUAGCUCAAGUGCUUUCUAUAUGGGCCAGAGCACGUCGGGGGGCUCCCUGCACUCCAAUGCAGAGCAGGAAAAAGGAAAAGAUGGUGAACAGAAACAAGAUGAUGGAAGAAAGUCCUUUUUGCUGAAGAGGAAUGAUGUUGAUUACAGUACUUCAGGUGUUUCUACUAAUGAUGCAUCUCCUUUGGAUCCUAUAACUGAAGAAGAUGAAAAAUCUGAUCAGUCUGGUUCUAAGCUUCUGCCAGGAAAGAAAUCUUUGGAAAGAACAAGUAUUUUCCAGGCUGCAGAUUUAAAACUUAAGGGAGUUACUCUCCGGUAUCAGAAACUUCCCAGCGAUGAAGAUGAGUCAGGAACCGAAGAAUCAGAUAAUACUCCACUUCUUAAGGAAGGUAAAGAUAAGAAAACAGAUAUCAAAAUAGAGAAACAGCCCAAAUCUCCAGAACAUGGUUCUGAACCUAUUAGAACCUUCAUCAAAGCAAAGGAGUAUUUGACAGAUGCCCUUCUGGAUAAGAAAGAUUCAUCUGACUCUGGUGUAAGAUCCAACGAAAGUUCUCCAAAUCAUUCCCUCCACAAUGAAGGAGCAGAUGAUUCACAGCUUGAAAAGGCAAAUCUCAUUGAGCUUGAAGAUGACAGUCACAGUGCAAAAAGAGGAAUUCCACACAGCCUUAGUGGCCUUCAAGAUCCAGCUGUGGUUCGCAUGUCUAUUUGCUCAGAAGAUAAGAAAAGCCCUUCUGAAAGCAGCCUGAUAGCCAGUAGCCCUGAAGAGAGCUGGCCAGCCUGCCAGAAAGUCUACAAUUUAAACAGAACCCCUAGUACGGUCACCUUAAAUAACAACAGUGCUCCAAGCAAUCGAGCUAAUCAAAAUUUUGAAGAAAUACAAGGUAUCAGAGAUCCAUCUCAAAUUACCCUGCACCCUGGCUCAGGUUCCAAUCCAACUGCAGUUCAGAAUGAGAACCUGAAGACGGUUGCUCACAAGCGAAGCCAACGUUCAAGUUAUACCAGGCUUUCAAAAGAUUCAUCAGAGCUCCACACUGUUGCAGCCUCAGAGGGGGCUGGUUUCGGAGAAGAGAGAGAGAGUAUCCUGUGAAAAGCAGCCAGGUUGAAAAGAGUAUGCUCAUGAAUUGUUGCUUGGAAUUCUUUGUCAGUCUGUGGUUACAUUAAUUAAUCUCUGUAGUUCAAGCUUUCAAUAUUGUAAAAGAAGGCCUAGAUUAUUUUCAGUCAUUUUUUUCUGAAAGGAGGAGUAAUUUUUAUCAGAAGCAAACUACUUCAGACCUUCCCCACAUGUAAAAGCAGUAGCUGUCAGCAUGGAAGAUCAGUUAUUUGUUAAAACAUUGUGCAAAGGUUUGGUCAGGGGCCGAUUUUACAGAAGUAUGUUUUAAUUAUGAAAAGUACAAUGUGACUUUGCUUUGCCCUUGGGAUAUGUAUUACUUAUCCCAUCUAAACAUUCCGUUAAUUCUCCAUAUUUGAAAGUAAAGUUAAUGGUGUCCAUCCUUGCCAUUUGAUGUUCAAGAUGCCAAAAC